AUGGGCCAUUUUAUCUGCGAAAUCCAAUUAACGUCCGAGAACGGAUACAUCGACUCUAAUAGGAUCUAUGGUGAACUACAAGUCAUGAUAAGGAGAGCUUUUGGAAAGCCUUCCAAGCAGCCGGAGCGCUCAGCGACUACCAAGAUGGGUGUGUACGGCAAUUGGCGUGCUGUUCACAGGGUCUCGGAAAGAGCCUGGACAUAUCCCGAGGACAUACUCCCCGGACUUGCCGGUAUCGCUCAGGCAUUCGCAACACUUACGGGCGACACAUAUCUGGCAGGCUUGUGGAAAGACGAUCUACAUAUCCAGCUGCUUUGGUACAUGCCACGACCACCAGCUGAUGAAUUAGCCUCAGUUGUGCACAGCUUGCAGCACGCAGAUCCGUACAUCGCGCCAUCAUGGAGCUGGGCUUCACAAAAAGAGUACCAGGAGGACUUGAUUGGAAGACAAAUCAGCAUAGAUGCUGAUGAGGUGGUGAAAGGAAAUUGGGUGCGCUCAUAUUCUUCUAAGAUAAUGCCUCGCCAUAACAGGCCCGACUUUGCGCUGCUAGACUACCGCAUGGAUCUCCGAGGGAGCAAUGUCUUUGGGGCUCUUACUGGAGGCUUCCUUCGAUUAAAAGGUAGAGUAUGCCUGUUCCCUUCAGACGUCAGAAGGGAGCUAAAGCCCCACAGUGACUGUCGCCCAUUGUACGGUCAGUUUUCAGGCGGCAUCGGAACUUGCAUGCUCGAUUGGAACGUCAACGAAACCUUGGUACAAGCGCCGAAGAGUAUGCGAUUAUUAUUGGUAUCGAGCUGCUGCUCGGCAACAGUGAACUGGAAAAACCUGAAGUUUUUGGCGAAUUGUGACGACGAAGACUUUGAUGAUUGGGUGCCGAGUGAUGCGGAAGUUGGCGGCAUGUCAUUUCCUGACGGUUACGAGAGUAUUGAAACGUGCCGAUACUGCGCGGAUCCGAUGCACAAGCGUACUGGAUAUGGCCUUGUGUUCCAUCCGGCGGAAGAGCCUGGAUCGUAUGUGAGGGUUGGAAUCUUUGUGAUGUUUGCACAUAAAGGGGGCAUGGAUCUCUUCAAGGAUGAGGAGGAGAUCAAGCUCGUGUAG